ACCUGCCUCGCUUGCCCCCAAAGAAUGUCAGCCAAGUCCAAGGGGACCCACUCCUCGUCCUCUCCAGCCGAGGGACCGCCGGCAGCCUCCAAAACCAAGGUGAAGGAACAGAUCAAGAUCAUCGUGGAGGAUCUGGAAUUAGUCCUGGGCGACCUGAAGGACGUGGCUAAGGAACUUAAGGAGGUGGUUGACCAGAUUGAUACCCUGACCUCUGACCUACAGCUGGAGGAUGAGAUGACUGACAGCUCCAAAACGGACACCCUGAAUAGCAGCUCCAGCGGCACCACAGCCUCCAGCAUAGAGAAGAUCAAAGUGCAGGCCAACGCGCCUCUCAUUAAACCCCCAGCGCACCCUUCUGCUAUCCUCACGGUCCUGAGAAAGCCAAACCCUCCACCACCUCCUCCACGGUUGACACCUGUAAAGUGUGAAAACCCCCAAAGAGUGGUGCCAACUGCCAAUCCUGUAAAGACCAAUGGCACCCUACUGCGAAAUGGAGGCUUACCAGGGGCACCCAACAAAAUUCCAAAUGGAGACGUCUGCUUCAUCCCCAGUAGUAACUUGGACAAGGCUCCAGUGCAGCCUCUGAUGCAUAGACCUGAAAAAGACAGGUGUCCCCAGGCAGGACCUCGGGAACGAGUUCGGUUUAAUGAAAAAGUGCAGUAUCAUGGCUAUUGUCCUGACUGUGACAACCGGUAUAACAUAAAAAACAGAGAGGUCCACUUACACAGUGAACCUGUCCACCCACCAGGAAAGCUUCCUCACCAAGGCCCUCCCCUCUCCACUCCACCCCAUCUCCCCCCUUUUCCACUAGAAAAUGGGGGACUGGGAAUCAGCCACAGUAACAGCUUCCCCCCUCUCAGACCUGUAACUGUGCCUCCUCCCACUGCACCAAAACCACAGAAGACGAUCUUGAGGAAAUCAACCACUACAACAGUGUGA